AUGUCUGAGUCCCCUAGGUCUACUCCCGCGGAUUUGAUGCCUUCAGACAAAGAUCCUCCGACUUGUGCACUUCUCAGGCUACCUACCGAGAUCCGGGAUGAAAUCUAUCGCUAUCUACUCUCCUCAGAGUACAUUAAAUGCAAGAUCCCAUACCCGGGUCGCGCAUUCGAAACCACCUACUACACCUACCCUUUUCACAAACAAAUCCUGUGCACGAAUCGCCAGGUCUACCGAGAGGCCAUACACAUUUUCCGAACGGAAAACCUGUUCUUCCGCUUCACCACCAACCACCCUAACGUUGGGCACAUUCUCUGGUCGUCGCAAGGUCUUCUCCUCCUCACUCACGGCAUCCGGGCUGGCUCUUUCAGGCACCGCGCCAUGGACGUCAUCCACUAUUGCCCUCGAUCAGGGACUACCGGGGAUCACAAAAACUGCGAUUGCGCCCAUCUUGACUUUAAGACAUGUCUGUUCGUGAGCGACCAAUUGCCCAACUUGUUACGUACUUUGAGGGCUUACAGCCAGCAAGGCAAUCGAUGCCUUGCACAAAGUUCGUUCGCGGUCUCUGUCUUCGAUGACUUCGAUCAGUGGUCCACUGAAACACAGCCGUGUACCUCUUAUGUUUGUCCACGCAUCCGGAAUCUCCUAGACCCAUUCAAACUCCUCUACGACGUGGAUGAUCUAGACAUCCAAGGAUCGGUGAAUGAACCAUAUAGGCAGUCGAUUGUAGCAAGCGCUACACAACGGGAGCCAACAGUAGCAAAAAUCGUCACUACUGCAUCGGCAUUCCAAAAACAAGGCGACGAAGCCUUCCGCAAUCACCAUUUCGAACUCUCACUCUCCUUGUACACAUCAGCAAUCAGCGAAGUUCAGGUAAACCACCAUUGGGCUGAUUACACGGGAUUUGUGACGACAGGGCAAUAUGCUGGGAUGAGCACACCGCACGCCGUGAGGAGGUUCAAAAUCCGGAUUCAUUCGGACAUGGCGGGCGCUCUCGUGAAAGUAGGUGAAUACAGGAGAGCGACGGACCACGCAAAAGAGGCCAUCAAACAGAGAAACACGCGCGGAACACCACCGGAAGAGUGGGAGGGGCUGUAUCUCACAACCACCGACUGCGCGAAGCCGUACCUCUGGGGCGGACUGGCCUACGAAGGCCUCGGAGACCUGAAUCGGGCGAUCUACGGGGUGGGAGAGGCGUUGUUUUAUUGCCCGGAAAACAAGAGGUUGGAGAGGGAGUACAAGAGGUUGGAGCUGGAGAUUGAGAAGCAGGGGAUUGUGCCUACGGAACAUGCGUUCGGAAAGGGUACGAACUGGUGGGUGCGCCCACUGGUGGUGCGGAAUCAGAGGAGGUUGGGGGGAUCGCAAAGGUAG